CUUUGGACCGAGGCUGCAUCCGGAAAGUACGACAUUGUUGCAUGCGCACCAGAGAGGAUCCCAACAAAAACUUUCAAAGAGUUACUUGAAACUGUAACAUUCCGGAAUCAGCUAGGGUUUUGUGUAAUUGACGAAGCACAUCUUGUCAUACCUUGGGGGAAUGGAUUUCGAGAGUCCUAUAAGAUGUUAGGAAGGCUGUGCUCCCUUCUCCCUUCCUAUGUCACAUUCCUGGCCAUGUCCGGUUCCUUGCACCCUAAGACGGCAUGA